ACAGUAGAAAUCAAAGAAGAAGAAGAGUAACGCUGAACAACAGCUGUAGGUGCUGGGGAAAGUGAAGAAACAAGAGCUGACAAACAUCUGCAUGGCAUGUUAGAGGAGAACGAGGACAUGAGUGAUCCAGAAACCUGCAGAGUGAAUGAAGAAGAUCCCGAGCAACAAACAGAUCUGUUGGAAAUGAUUGAAUUGGAGGGUAUACCUAAUAAUUUCAUAAUCGGAGAAAAAUCUUCGCUUGAAAGUGAUUUUUCUCAGAAAAGUGCUCCGAGAGCAAGAUCUAGCCGUUUUCUCCCCUGCCCUCACUGUGAGAAGAGUUUCACCCGUAAAGGAGAUCUGGACAGACACGUGCGGAUCCACACGGGAGAAAAGCCGUUCACCUGCGCUGAGUGCGGGAAGAGCUUCACACUGGCAGACGGUCUCAGAAAACACCUGCGCUCUCACUCCGGAGUCAGAUCCUUUCACUGCCAUCAGUGUGGAAAGACUUUUAUUUUGCCGUCGCACCUGAAAAGACACAUGCUCAUUCAUGCAGAUUUCAAACCCUACUUGUGUUCUCUCUGCGGAAAGAGCUUUUCUCAGCUGGACUGUUUGAAAAAGCAUCAGAAGACACACGGCGGAGCGAGACCUCACGAGUGCUUCGAGUGCGGGAACGCUUUUAAUUCAGCCGACGCUUUGAAACGGCACCGCAGGAUUCACACCGGAGAGAAACCGUACACCUGCUGCGAGUGUGGCAAGAGUUUCACUCAGUCCGGACACCUGAGACAACACGAGAGGGUUCAUACGGGACAGAAGCCAUACUACUGCUCACUUUGUGGAAGGAGUUUUAGCACAGCAAGGAAUCUGCCGGCUCAUGUGAAAAAACAUCGACCUGACACGUACAAGACGACCCAAGAUGAUGAAAACUGAUGCAGUGACAUCUGCAGAAAGACUUUACUUCAUUUUUUAUUAAAUCACAGGAUUAUUCUAUAUGUGCUGUAUGUCUGUAAACUAAGAGCGUUAGAAAUUUACUCUGUUACAGCAUGCAUGAAAAUAUAUUAUCACAUUAAUAGGUCAGUUUGGUUAUUUUUAGAGAGAGAAAAAUAGUUACUUUAGCUUUAUGUUCACAAAAAGGGGAAACCCAGCUUUCGGUUCAGACCCGUUAUAUGCUAGUAUUUCCCUAUUUUAAAUGUAUAAAUUAAUUUAUUGAAAUGAAUAGGCCUGAUACUUUAUCAUCAUAACAGAAGUCAAGCUUUCUUAAAGUUUUAGCAAUGUUUAUUUAUGGUUAAAUUUAUGGGAAGGCAGUGAUUAUUUUUAUCUGGGUUUUUUUCUGUCCAUAAAGUACAAAAAUAUUAACUGUGAAGAAUUAGUUGUGUUGUGAUGAUAUUUGCUGGUCAAGGUCAUUAUUAGAAAUGAGUUUUAUAUUGUCAGCCCUGUAAUAUUUAACUCCAUACAGUUUGUUUCUUCUGAAAAUAUCGCAAACUAUUUGUAAAUAAACUAUUUAAAACAAAAAAUCCUUAAAGUCAUGGAACAUAUA